CCUUCACUUUGACUCCCACUGACACUUCCAGACACGCAGACAACACACAGAGAAGACACCGUGUGUUGAAAUAUAAGCAGACACGAGAGGGCCGCCAGAUGCGAGAAACCAUGACAGAAACAUGGCUUUCCACGACAGAAAGCGCCGCAGAAGUCAUGAUUCUGCCGUUUACGGCCACCAAUGACUCGAACUUCCUGGACUCGCCUUUUCGUUAUCAACUUUUCCCGACGGCAUAUGGCGUCAUCUUCAUCCUUGGACUCUUUGCCAACAUUUAUGUGCUGUUUGUGCUGCGCCGCCUACGAGAAGCCAAAGCCAUGGGGGAAAUCCGCAUCUACAUGACCAACCUGACCAUCGCAGAUCUCCUCUUCGUGUGUGCCCUCCCCUUCUGGAUUGGCUAUUACAGCCGCCAAGGCACGUGGAUCUACAAAGACUUUCUGUGCCGACUGACCGGCUCGUUGUUCUUCAUCAACACCUACUGCUCCAUCCUCUUCCUUGGCGCCAUCAGUGUCAACCGGUACUGGGCGGUCACCCGGCCUUUAGACGCGGCCUCGUCGGACCACAGGCGCCGCGGAAUCGCCGUUUGUGUUGUCAUCUGGUUGACGACCGUUUCCAUGGCUGUUCCUUUUCUUGCCAGUCCGGGCACCAACCAGGACAGGAACGUCACCCGCUGUUUCGAAGGCUACCAGAAUGGGGAUGACUCGUCCAAAAGAGUGGUGGCCGCCACGCAUUUUGCAAUCGUCGCAAUGUUUUUUGUCGUUUUCGCGCUCGUAGUAGUGUGUAACCUCCUCAUCGCCCGAGCCUUGUUCUCCCAAAGCGCUCCUCUCGCUGAGCUAAAGUCCGGAACGGUUUUAUCCAGGAAGUCCAACAUGACUAUCUCCUCGUCCAGGAGGCCUACAGGGGUGAAACGGAGGGCUGUGCAAAUGCUUAUGGCGGUGGUCGGCGUAUUCGUCCUGUGCUUCCUGCCUCAUCACGUGGUCCAAGGCUUCUGGACGCUGGCGGUACUGCAGAUCCAAGAGGGGUGGGGCCACGUGGACUGGAAUGGCGAGACUGUGCAGACGCUCAACGACGCGCAUCAGUUGACCUUGCUUCUCAUGGGCCUCAACUGCAUUUUGGAUCCGGUGGUGUACUGUUUCGCCACCAGAAAGUUUCGACGGUUCAUCAUGGCUCAUCUGAAGAGGCUGGCGAAGGGCGAGAGCUGCUCCCACACCGUCACCUCGCAGAUCUCUUUGGACAGCCGACACCAGAGUCAGAGACUUCCUGAUGAGCUCCAUCAGCCCGAGCUGCUUUGACUUGAACACACCCAAGAAGUGGCAUAAUAAACGGUAUUGGGUUACACCAGGAGAUCAUGUUUUCUCUAUCCCAUUCAUACAGCCAUUUUUUUAGACUGCUUAUCUUGGGCUGGAGCCUGUCCUGGCUGAUUUUAGGUCAAAGGUUGACUACAACCUUGGACUGGUCGCCAGUCAAACAGAAAGCACAUAGAGAGAGACAACCUUUCGCACUCACAUUCAAACUGUCACUGAGUGGGAACUGAACCAAAGCUGCCUGUACUGAACUCAGGCAGUGUACCACUACGCCAUCAGUGACUGUUCUGUCCAUGCCAUUUGUAAAAUGAAAUGGUACCAAAUAAAGAGAAUACACUGUUGGGAAUAAAUUAGUACAAUUUAGUGGAACAAACAUAACAAUUAAGGUUAUAAAUGUAGGCCAGUGCUUCUCCUAGUGCUUAGGCCAGCAGAAAAGACCUUGUUUCUUCUGACUACCAACCACUGCUUAUUUUUUUAUGUGAAGACUAAAUUGCAUUAAUCCGGCUUCCUGUGUGAAGUGUGCACAGAAAAGAAGAAGUUUUGCAAGCAGAAGUCUGUGGGAUUCUCUGCAAGUCUGACUCUUUAUUUUCACCAAAAGAACUUACAACAAACAAUGUAGUCAGUUAAUGAGGUAAUGCAGUCAGUGCCUUUUAAUGUUUUUAUUUUUGACAUGGCGUCAAUAAAAUAUACAGCAUUUUCCACCAGUCAAGUGCGAGGACGCAGAAGUAAUUCUGUCAAAGUCACGUGUUCCCUUCGGGCAUCUGAUAUUGUGACAUUUUCAGCUCCCUGGUUGAUUAUUCACAGUGACAAAAACAACAGUGGGUUCUCUGCUUUAUUGUAUUCUGAGAAGAUGGCGAGUCUUGCACGUUAUUUUGAGUUGCUUGUGGUGAGUUUUCGUCACCGUAUAGUGACAAUCUCACCGAGCAGUAAGCACACCCUGUGGACUACAGAUAGUCAACUAGUGGUUUUGUAGGUGUUUGUGUGAGUUGGAGUCCACAUUCAGUUGCUCUAUCUGCCUAAUCAGAUGUUCACGGCAGAACUGAGGAUGUGCUCUCCGCAGUCAUGCGUGUGGGAUCCAGAUCUGUUUAGGCUAGGUUAGUGCUUGAGUAAUUCAUGUACACGUGUCUGUUGUUCUCGGGCUGCGGAAGACCGCCCCUGUGAUGCAAAAAAACAAUAAAUAAAUACAUAUUUUACAAUGUAAAAAAAAUAAAUAAAAAUAAAUACAUAAUAUCACGGCACGGUGGUUAACUGGUCAGAGCGUCUGCCUCACAGUUCUGGGGACCGGGGUUUAAUCCCUGGCCCCACCUGUGUGGGGUUUGCAUGUUCUCCCCGUGCCUGCGUGGGUUUUCUCCGGGCACUCCGGUUUCCUCCCACAUCCCAAAAAAAAUGCGUGGUUGGUUGAUUGAAGACUCUAAAUUGCCCGUAGGUGUGAAUCUGAGUGUGAAUGCUUGUUUGUUUAUGUGUGCCCUGCGAUUGGCUGGCAACCAGUUCAGGGUGUACCCCGCCUCCUGCCCGAUGAUAGCUGGGAUAGGCUCCAGCACGCCCGCGACCCUAGUGAGGAUAAGCGGCUCAGAAAAUGGAUGGAUGGACAUAAUAUCACACCUAUCUGAUGCAACUGAAAUUGGAAAAUAAUGUAAAAUAAAUAAAUGUGUCAUUAAAUAAAUGAAUAUAUAUGUACACGUGUGUGUGUGUGUGUGUGUGUGUGUGUGUGUGUGUGUGUGUGUGUGUGGAUAUAAAUAGUCAACACUACCCGAUUGACAGGUUUUUGUGAUGUCAAAAAUAUGACCAAGAUGUUAAAAAAAACAUAUAUUUUUAACAUCUUGGUGGCAGGUGUGUGGUUGGUGUGUGCUUGGUGUGUGUGUGCUUUAACAUUCGGUUGAAUAUGAUUGGUUAAAAUCUGAAAACGGCCACAUUCCCAGUUUAUCAGUAUUUCAAUUGAGCCGUAUGUAAUUGCGCUGAUGCCACAUUAAUGGUGCAAAAAAGUUUUGGUCUUGUUUUUCUUUUUUGUCACAGAAAAACCUAUUAUUUGAAAAGGGGUGUGUUGACUUUUUAUAUUCAUUGUUACAAAAUAAAAGUAUAAAAAUAUAAUAAAAUAUUUCCAUAGAAAUACAAAUACAGUUAUCUAAUAUUUGAUAUACAUUAUAUUUCUGUAAAUAAUAAGAUAAAUAAAAAAUGUUUGCUUCUUACUUUGGUUCCUUUCCAGCCCUCGGAAAAGAAUAAUACAAAUGUUAUAUUUGCCUUUUUAAAAAUAAAUAAAUAAAAAGCUAUUCUUAGUUGUGCUAUUUUGUACCUUUAGCUCCCAUGUUGGUGGGGCUCCCGUUGUCUCUAAGUCUUUGCCAGGACAACCAAAAAAUGACAGCGAUAUUCAUUAUCAAGGCCAUAAGAGAGCGAGCCAAGGCAGUUAUUCCCACAUUCUCUGUAAAAUAAGUAAAUCAAUAGUAAAGAAAAAAGGAAGUUCAUAUGUGUGUCAGUGAACAUGUUGACUGAUGAGUGACAAGAAUUUGUUGUGAUCAUGGCUGAGGCCAUGCAGAAAAAGCAUCACCACAAGUGCAGAUAAGUGUUUUGCUACAGUGAAAUCAAGUACAAACGUUAAUCACAGUCUUUCUGCACCAAAUUAAGGGGAUACUGGCAAAUGUUAACAAAAGAAUUGGUCCCAAACACAAAACAAAAAGAAAAACGUGGAAUGUCUAACACAUCUCCAAUUCAGUUUUGAGUGGU